CAAUCCAAUCCUUUAUAAUCGAUCGUUUUUGACAACAGCAAUCGAUGAGAUUCGGCAACAGGACCCAGGGAAUAAAACGACCAACGGUAAUUUAGACCAACGACCGCCUAGGAGAGAUGAGGACGGGUCAAGCUGAAGUCGGGAGAUGUGGGAUCAGCUACCUGAGCUGAUAUUGACGCAGAUAUUUGGCUACCUCGAUCGCGUCGAUCGCGCCAGCGUCAGCCAAGUCUGUCGAUCAUGGAAUCGCACAUUGUCCUCACCUGUGCUCUGGCGAUCCGUCACAGUUCUCAUCGAUCGUGAUCUGCGCGGUGACUUCCCUCUGGCAGGAGAACUGGCCGCAAAAUAUGGACAGCAUAUGCGCAGCUUGGAGCUCGCCUUUUCGCGACCGUACAUCUCGCCGAGACAGAUCAGGAUCAGACGCAACACUCAGGCCGAGGUGGGCGCCGAUUUCCUCGCGAUCGUGCGCGCCAAGGACGUGCAGCUGCGACGGCUUACGUUGACGAACUGGGUUUUCGGCUACAAGUGGGGCAAUCGGGGAACAUUGCUCUGUGCCCUGGCGAACUUUCUACGCGGUCAACGCAGCCUGGAGAUCCUGAGCUUGUUAAACGCCGACUUUAGCGUGACAGACGUCUUGCGACUGCUGGGAACAGUCGCCAAAGGAUCCGGUGAACACCUAGUCUCCCUGGACCUCCGCGGCGCCUUUAGAGAGUGGCAAGCUCCUCACGACAAUCCGAGAUAUUUGCGCCUGCUGAGCCGUUUUCACGCACUAACUGUGUUGAAAUUGGACUAUCCGGCUUUAUCGAAUCACGCUCUUGAUGCUCUCGCGAGCGGAGCAUCGAAAGCGUUGAAAUACUUGUACAUAUCCGUGAGAGAUUCGGAUUCUAGGCAACACGUGGUAGCGGACGCUGCAUGGCGCAACUUGGUGUUAGCUUGCCCCGAUUUGACAGUGUCCUAUACUAUAGUGAACAUCUCGCAUUACGAGGAUAUGUACUACUUGCUAUUGCCCAGUGUUCCCCUAGCUAAGUUCCACAUGUUCAGCGGGCACGUAUGGGAUCAGAGCAGGUCCCGGAACUUCAGAAACACAAUUGGUCUGAUAAUUACUCAAUACACGAAUACCUUAGUUGAAGUUAUGCUGCAACUUAGAAACAAUCGUGAAUCACUCGAUGAUUUGUUGAUGUCCAUGCUGAUACGUUGCAAGCGGUUGAUGAGACUGCAAUACGAUGGAAUUAUAAGGAGCCUCGAGACUUUACGCGAAAUAUGCCAGCUUCAAGCCGAACGUAAAACUCAUUUCAGAACAAUACAUGUAAAACCUCGGAAUGUCAAUGUCCAAAAUCGUGCUAUACUGAAUGAUAUAAAUUAUCGAUACGAUCGCAAAAUGCACGAGCAAGGAGUCGACUUUCGAAUUGAAGAUCCCACCUCGAUCCUAUUCUUCUAUUGAUGAUUUAUCUUGUUUCCACUAACAACUUCGAAUAUCGACGAUUUGACGAAAAAAAUGCUAUAUCUAUUUUGCGACGUCAUAAUAUAUAUCUUUUUUUAUUCAAUAAUGUGACAAAAUAAUAAUAGUCUUGAAAUAAAAUAUUAUAAUAUAU